AUGAAUAUACAAUUAUUAAAAUGUAAAAAUGAAUCAUUAUUAAAAGAAAUUGAAAAUUAUGAACAACAUUUAUUAGAACAUUUACAUAAAAAAAUAUCAACUAAAGCUGAAACAUGGUUAGGUGAACAAGAAUUAUAUAUGAUGAGUGAAGAACGUGGUAAAGAUGAAUUAUCAAUACAAACAUUUAUACAUAAACAUCAAACAAUGGAACAAACAAUUGAAAAUUAUAGUGAUAUUUUACGUGAAUUAGGUGAUAAAGCAAAAAAUUUAAUAAUAGAUUUAGAACAAUCAAAUUUAUCACGUGAUUUAAUUAAUGAAUAA